AUGGUGCCAGAUUUACUCAAGCUAAACAUGAUUAACUGCUACUCAAUAUGGCAAAUCAGGUCGAUGCCCUCACACAGUGAAUGGAUACAGUCUGGACCCCAUGUCUUUCCUGUUCAAAACAACCACGAGGAGGGUCAAGGCAACCAUGACAACAACAUAGCCCCACCACAUGACGAACAAGAACUGUCUAACCCACCCCCACGAGGACCUCUGGAGCCUCCUCCAGGACACAUGCAACCACCACCAUUUUUCUGCUGCCACGAGGGUGGAUUUCAACAACAUCAGUGGCCCCAAUUUCCUAAACAUGAUACAUUUGACAAAGCCUCCAAGCAAGUCCGCAUUGAUGAUUGGCUCAUGUCCCUGGAAGAUUAUUCCGAUUGGUUCAAUAUGGCUGAAGAUAAAAAGGCGGAAGGAAUGAUGAAGGCAUAUAAGGUUAUGCCAAUUGGGAAAGAAAAACUGGCAUAUGAAGUAGUGCUUGAUGUUAUGCAAAGGAAAGCUGUUUACUUGUGUCAUAUGUUUGAAUUUAUGGGAAUUCUUUGUAGGCACAUUCGUGCAGUUUUUGUUAAAAAAUCUCUUGUUAAUUGUCUCCCUCCAGAAUAUGUUCUUCAAAUAUGGAUAAUGCAUGUGAAAGGUCAUGUUGCACGUGAAAUUUGUAAGGAUAAGAUGCAAGAUGAAGUCCAAAUUUCUUCUACUUCGAUGAGCAACAAUUUGAUGAUAGAGUUUUUUAAAGUUUUUGGAGAGGGACAAAAAUCACAAACGAAACAUAAUUAUCUCACACUUGCCUUACGAAAGGUGCAUAGUGAACUUUUAGUCAUGGAUGAGGAGAGUGAUGAAAAUGAAAAUGAAAAUGAAGGUGAUUUAGGGAGUACAACACCACUUGAAGGUGGUAGUCAAAUUUUGUCCAAUAUAGAAUUCAAUUUGCAAGACCCGCCACAUGUCAUUUCUUGGGGGCGACCCAAAUCACUUGGGCAAAAACAUCUUAAGGAGAACAAUAUGGGGAAAAGGUGA